AUGACAGAGAAUUAUAGAGCGGGGCUUGUAACUUGUGCUAAAGAAGAUAGAAUCAGUAACUUGCCUGAACACUUGAUGGACUCAAUCUUAGAGCGGGUCCCGCUUGAAGAGGCUGUAAGGACAAGCAUUAUAUCAAAAAAGUGGAGGUACAGAUGGACCAAAAUGACAGCACUUGUUUUUGAUGAGCAGUUCUCUAAAAAAAUUUCAAAAAAUGGAGCUUUUGGUGGUAAUGGGUUUAUAAGGAUCAUAAACAAAGUCUUGUUCUUUCACAAGGGUCCUAUCUUGAAAUUUCAUAUCCAUAUACCAAAUAUGUUUCUUGAUAGCUUUGAAGAAGUUGAUCAAUGGGUGCUAUUCUUAUCAAGAAAUGGUGUCAAUGACCUCCUCCUUAACAAUGCGAAUCGCCGCUAUGAACUUCGUUCUUAUUUGUUUUAUUGUCUAGAAUUGACAAAGUUAGAACUACACAAAUGUUGCUUUAAGCCACCACUUGAGUUUGAAGGAUUUCUCAAUCUUGAAAAACUUCGUCUGGAGGAUAUUGAUUUUGGGGCUAGCUUGUGUGGAACUAAGUUCAACCUACCACAACUUAAGAAGUUGUCCGUCUUAAAUGCACAAAUGUCUACAAUUUCGACAUUAAGGCUACAAGACUGUAGGAAUUGA